AUGGACAGCGAGAUCCCCCUCCCACCGCCGCGGCGAGUCCGGCACCGCUCACCCGUGAAGAACCCCUCAGCGACAGGCACAGCGGUCUCGUUCCAGCGCGCACAGCGACUAUCACGCUUCGAUGACCGCUCUAGUCAGCCAUCCAGUGAUCCUGCGCUUUUCUCAAGUGACGAUAUCCCGGCUUCGGGGCUGGAGAACUACCAUGCGACAGUAUCGGGCGCGGGACGGAAACGGCGGUAUCGAGGGACCUGGUGGGGGGAGCAGGUGCUGGAUCCGAAGCGGAAAAGGGCAGACUUUAAGGAUAAGAGGAAUGUUGAUAGUGGUGUGUGGAUGGGGAGUGAUGAGUCGGUUGCUGAGUCGCUUUUGCCGUCGGAGGAUGGCUCGGCGUGGGGGGAAGACUUGCGCAAGUCUGUGCUUGAUCCUAGAAAACCUGGAAGCUCUAUACCUGUCAGUAUUGAGACAGAGAACAUGUCUUCACAGACUCGCAUUGCAUUCAAAAGUCCCGAGGAAUCCGAUCCUCAUCGGUUUGCCCGGGAGGUUAUCGGUGAUUGUCUUGAUAAAGGACAUGAAAGCAUUGACCUGGGGUAUGUGCUAAUGCCAUUUCAUCUGAUGUCCCUUUUCACCCAUGCCAAUGAUCCUAAUAGCUUUGUCCUAUGCAGUGAAUUCAAUCUGGGAACUAUACCACCCGGUCUCCUACUACCCCUACAGCACUUGACGAAGCUUCCAUCAGUCAAGGAAGCCCCGGUCUCAGAGAACGUCUUCACGUCUCUGCAGCCAUUCCUCAGCAUAUAUCUCCCCUACAACUCUCUAUCAACCCUGCACAAAGAUCUCUUCGAGCUCAGCAACCUUAAAGUCCUCAGCCUGCGAAACAACAAGCUGGCCGAAAUCCCAUCUACAAUCUGCAAACUGACAGCACUGGAAGUUUUGAACCUUUCCGUCAAUCAGUUGACCUACCUUCCCUGGGAGGUUCUCAAACUCAUCCAACAAGGCGAACUGAAACACUUGACCGUACGCCCGAACCCAUUCCUCACAUACGACAAAGCGAAGAUCGCAGAACGGCACUACAACAAUAAAGAAAAAGAGAACCACCAGGACUUGUCUCCUGCGGUCCAAUCGCACACCGAGAGGUGGGGUCCUCUCCACCUCGCAACAGGCACGAUCACCUACAUGGACAUGGAGGGCAAUCCUAUGGGAGACAGCCCAUCCAGCAACAGACUCACUCUCACACCAGGAUUGGCAUCUCCUGUAAACGACGCCCCAUCCCUACGUGAAGUCGCGCUCCGUGCUGUGAGCAAGCUUCCCUACCUGGAGCAAACCAGCGAUGAAGAGCUAGCCGAGUAUCCGGCGCUGAUUGUGCCCUUGCUGCAACAAGCGAGGGAAGUGCGUGCUGCUGGUGGGAAGUCCUGCUCCGUAUGCCAGCGGGAGUACGUGAUUCCCCGUGCUGAAUGGAUGGAGUGGUGGGACUUGAUACCGUUCGAGAAUGGAAUGAAGAUGCCCCGCUGUCCGAAUGAGAUGCUUCGGCCUUUACCGUUCCGGCGGUUCGCUUGUAGCUUGUCGUGUGUGCCGGGAUCUUGUUGA